UUCCAAAUGCCAGUGAAAUGGAGAGGAGUAAUUAGAGAGAGGACGGACAAAUUCCGAAGUCUCAAGUUCGGGAAAGCUACUAGCAACUCCUCGAAAGACUCAUUCGAAAAUAACAGAGAACUCAGAUUUAAAAGACUUGGUGAUGAUAAGAUCCUCAAUCUCGCAGACAGCGACACCACUGAUUUAGAACAACAGUUUUCUUCGAAGCAUCCUAACGAGAGGGAGGUCUCUAUGAGCUCUGGAGAGCACACUCUUGGAGAAGACGAAAUAGGUAUUGAUGUCAGAGGAAGAGAAAUGGUAGACGAGCUUGAUAUCUCCAAAAAUCAGCCACCAUUAUGGGUUUCACGUAAAGAUGAAAUUGACGACGAUUUGAAGAAAAUAGAAGUUAAAUUUGAAAAACUCAAAAUUCUAGAGCGUAAAAGAGUCACAGAGAUCUUCAAAACCAGUGAAGUUGACGACGUCCAAGCUCUUGUAAUGGAUAUCACCCAUAAUAUCAAAGAAAAUGAAGAAAAACUCAAAGAGAUACGGAAUUAUAAAUCAAGAUCUGUUGCUGACGAAAAGAUCAAAGCUAAUGUUGAAUAUGUUGUUGCCAAGAAGUUGCAGGAAUUGGCUAACUCCCUCAAACAAAGACAGAGGAAUUAUGUCACCAAACUUCAGGAACUCAACGGUGGUGAAGACUCAAAGAUCAACCUGUCUGAUGAAUACAAUGAAGAUGAGCUAGAACUUGAUGAAAUAGAAUCUUAUAGAGCCAAACAUAAGGAUAAAGAAAUCCAAGAACUAACAGAUUCAGUUAGAGAUCUUGCUGUCUUAUUCAAGGAGCUGUCUACCUUAGUCAUAGAGCAGGGGACUAUUAUUGAUCGGAUUGAUUACAACGUUGAAACCGCACUGAUUAAUACACAGAAAGGUAAAAAGUAUCUGAAGAAAGCAAGAGAGCAUCAAAAGAAUAAUAGAGCAAGGAAGAUUUUGAUCUGACUCACUCUUUUGAUCAUUAUCUUCGUUAUUCUAUUGAUAAUUAAAAAGGCAUAAGUUAG